AUGGACGAUCCAUGGGGCUCCCCGUGGGCAACCACCGACGCCACAACUGCGCCGUCUACCAGUCCCUCCAAAAACAUACUCGAACCUCCGCCUCCCGCCUUCCUAUCCACUCCGAACAACCUAAACAUACCAUCUAGUCAGUCAGCCUGGCUCGAUGACGAUGCCUUUGGCGAUUGGUCCUCCCCCGAUCCAGGCCAGGCUACCAACGCAUCACCAUGGACCUGGGGGAACGAGGCUGCACCAAUCGAAGGGUUGGCACCGAGCUACGAGCCGAGACGAAAGAGUAGCACACCCAAAUGGCCCCAAAGCCGGUCAGCUUCGCCCGGACUUAGACACCCGAUUACGCCCAACACCGCCUCUCCCUGUCAACCUUCACCAGAUCCGUGGGCAAACCAUGUUUCGGCGUACACGAGAGACGAACCUGAGCCUCUAGCGCGACUACCCCAGAUACCCGAUGUACCGCCGCUCGUGCUCGAACCACCGCAGGUGGGUUUGGGGUUGACGAAUCCUCCUGAUGCCUUUGAACAAGACUUCGUCGCGCAUGAACCAGCCACCACCCAGUUCGCCGACCCGAUGCCCGAUCCUACACGCGAGCAACUACAGUUCAGUGACACCCCCAUCCUCGACCGCUUCCCCGUCGCCGUCAAGCAGGACAACGAAGCUGCUCCAUCCUCUGCCUCGGCGUCAUCUGAGGAUGGCGACGACAACGAUGAAGCUCUAGAUGCCAGGCACGCCGACUCACCCAUAACUUCCAUCGAAGACAAUACAACACCAAGGGCAACACAGAGAAAGCCCUCUGGCAAGGUUCUGGAACUCGUUGAAAUGUAUGAUGGGAUAGCAAAGCGAAGAACAGUCACCCCCGAGCGGGUCGUACCUCGCCGUAGUGCAAGCCGAGAGCCCGGACACACUGUCGGUGAGGUUCGGGAUCAAGGUAACGAGACCGAUGGACGACUGGAGACCGAGAAAGAGGGACCACCCCAUGACUCCACAGACUCAGAUUCAGUAGACCUACUCAACGAUAGCAAUGCGGCGACAAGACAUGCCGACGAGACACCGAGGUCGGUACGGCCAGAUCAUGAUCCUUUCGAGGUUGACUUGGGCAAACUCGACUUACUCUUGCCUGACACUCUGAAAGAAGUACCGGAACCACCUGAAGAUGUAUCGGAUCGGAUCAUUCAUGACAGCUUCACGAGCAUCUCCGAGCGUAAGAUGUGGUACCGACUUUCCCGCACUGAAUCCCUUCGUAAAUACAAUGCGGGCGACGACGAAAACUACGUCCGAAUCAACUGGACGAACUCUACACUGCGCCUAGAGACCUUGAAGACUGUCCGUCGGUGGAUAGAAGAAGACUCGUUUGGUGGGCGAGCUUUCCGUGGCGGAUCGGUGAGAAAGGCAGGCGGCAAGAGCUUUGGCUGGGACGCGACCACGGCGGCGUCUCCAGUUGACCUCGACAGAGUUUUCGGUCGCAAGCAGAAGCGACAGGCAUCGUUUCAUCGGCCGAGACACUCGAUGGGCGGUCUCCCUUCUUUAUCGACAGUUUCCAUGAUUCCUGGCUCAACGGGAAACACCCCAGUUUCAGCACAAGCCAAUGGCAACUGGGAAGGUCUCGCGGCGUUUGGUUGGAGCUCAGGGACGGACGAUACGAAAGCCGCAGCAGCAGAGGCAAAGGCAUCUAAGCCUUCUGCUCCCGGCAUACCGCUUCCCCUCGCAUUCACUGGGUUCGACAACAAGCCCAAGUCGCACGCCUCGUUGCCGGCGUUUAUCAAGCCGAUCGCGCCGACACCUCCGACUACAAACGCGACAAGUCUUCAGAAGGAAAAUGUCGAGGACGAUGAGGACGAAUGGGGGGACAUGGUUUCGCCAACCACGGCUGAAGAGACGGAUUCCACGUCUCUUCCAAAGACUAGCUGGGAUUCGUUCUCGACCAACCCGCUACCCGAUGUCACAAGCAUCCCACCAUCCGAUGGCUUCAAUACUAGCAACCCUGAUCCCGAUGUACUCCGCACCGGGAAUAAAGACGGCGGCGAUUUCCGUAACAAAUCAGCACUGGGGGAUAUUGGCAGUGUCAUCAGCCCCGCCCCCACCUCCACACCUCCUGCGGCAGCUGGCUUACCCCAUAGCCAAGACGGCUCUUUCAGCCCGUCAGCAUCGACAUACACGUUCAGACCGGCGUCUUCAGUCAAGCGACCAGCGAAUAUCUCCAUCGCAGCGACACUCAGCGACCCGCUGGCCCCAUUAACUUCUGCUAAAACCGGCGUAUCUGCGGGUGGAUUAGUCGAGCCGCCCCCUCUUACAACCAGCCUCUAUACACCGUCUACCGCCCAGCCCCCGAAUUCUACCGAGGAUAUUGAUCUUGUGCAUCGGUUUGUGCGCAGUCUGCCAGACCUCUCAUACAUGUUGCGGUGA